AGUACAGCUAGAGCAGAGCGACAGCAAACAGACAGACGCUUCACACGCAGCAGCCAAAGCUGAUCAAUUCGCUCAGGGAAUAAAUAUCUGCAAACCGCGCGGCUCUUUCUUCUUAUUAAGGAAUACGCCACUUGGUCGUGGACGCAUGUGAGAGCGCACAUGCUUAUGUGGGACUUACACACCAUGGUUCUGCUACAAGAGCGACUGUCUGUGCCUGCGCUUCUGUGACCACAGAGAAAGUCUUUGGAUCUCCUUGUGAGCGCUGCUACUUCUUCUUUUCUUCCAUAAACGACACAUUGCUGGAAAUAUUCUCCGAAUGGUGACCCUGGACUGGACUACCUGUUUUCAGCUGCUCUGCUCCACGCGAGGGGAAAGGACUGGGUGACUUGAGCGCACUGCCUUCUCUCUGGUUUAAGCAGGCACGUUUUGGAGUUCGCAGAAAAAAAAAAGGGAGACGAUUUAUUCACACAUUUAUGCAAAGGAGUGUUAUUUUCACCGAGCGCACACCUGGUCGCGUUUUGGUGAAUGGGAGGUGAAUAGUUCCUGUGGGUUUGACACCGCUGGGACCAGGACUGGGACUGGGACGGGACAGGAGGACUGGGUGCGUGGAGUGUCGCCCAGGAUUGUAGGCUAUUCCCUCCUCUCUCCCUAUCGUGGGUCUAUUUACAUGUCCGACCUGAACGCUUUAUGACAAUGGAUUACUUUCUGCUGUUAUGCAGCCUCUUGCUGCCUGUGGUGUCCGCCGUCGAAGAGACGCUUAUGGACACGAAGUGGGCCACGACAGAAUUAGCCUGGACUGCACACCCUGAGAGUGGGUGGGAAGAGGUGAGUGGCUACGAUGACGCCAUGAACCCCAUUCGGACUUAUCAAGUCUGCAAUGUACGAGAGAUGAACCAGAAUAACUGGCUACGUAGUGACUUUAUCCCACGAAAGGAUGUACUACGAGUAUACGUGGAGAUGAAAUUCACAGUACGUGACUGCAACAGCAUUCCAAACAUCCCAGGUUCCUGCAAAGAGACCUUCAACCUGUUCUACUACGAGUCGGACUCAGACUCGGCCACAGCAACCAGUCCUUUCUGGAUGGAGAACCCUUAUGUGAAGGUGGACACUAUUGCCCCAGAUGAGAGCUUUUCUAUGCUCGAGUCUGGUCGAGUAAACACGAAAGUGAGAAGUUUCGGGCCGUUGUCCAAAGCUGGGUUCUACUUGGCCUUCCAGGACCUUGGUGCUUGUAUGUCCCUUAUCUCGGUAAGGGUUUUUUACAAGAAGUGUUCCACCACUAUUGCCAAUUUUGCAGUUUUCCCAGAGACAGCGACUGGGGCUGAGGCAACGUCCUUGGUCAUUGCGCCUGGAACAUGUGUCCCCAAUGCUCUGGAGGUGUCUGUUCCACUAAAGCUUUAUUGCAACGGAGAUGGCGAGUGGAUGGUUCCCGUAGGGGCUUGCACGUGCUCAGCUGGUUUUGAACCAGCCAUGAAGGAUACACAAUGUCAAGCUUGCAGCCCUGGCACCUUCAAGUCCAAACAGGGAGACGGCUUCUGCCUGCCAUGUCCAGCCAACAGCCGUGCCAGCUCAGGGGCAUCAAGUGUCUGCUCCUGUCGAAACGGUUACUACCGCUCUGACACUGAUUCUCCAGACUCCCCUUGCACCACUGUUCCCUCUGCACCACGCAGUGUCAUCUCCAGCGUGAAUGAAACCUCGCUCGUACUGGAAUGGAGUGAGCCACGUGACCUAGGCGGCCGGGAAGACAUCUUUUACAAUGUCAUCUGUAAGAAGUGCCUGCCAGAGAGGGGGAUGUGCUCAAGGUGCGACGACAACGUCGACAUCUCGCCGCGCCACUUGGGCCUGACCCAGCGCAGGGUGGCAGUCCGUAACCUACAAGCCCACACUCAGUACAGCUUCGAGAUCCAAGCAGUGAAUGGUGUCUCCAACAAGAGCCCGUACACACCCCAGUUCUCGACAGUGAACAUCACCACGAAUCAAGCAGCUCCAUCCGCAGUGCCCACAGUCCACCUGAUGGCAGCCACGGCGAGCACCAUGAGCCUGUCCUGGCUACCCCCAGAGAAACCCAACGGCAUCAUUCUGGAUUAUGAGAUUAAAUACCAUGAGAAGGUGAGUGGCAAUGAUCAGGGUGAAGCCAUUGCUCACACCAUGACUGCCCAAAGAAGCAACGCCCGCAUCGAAGGUCUCAAGGCUGGUACUCCUUAUGUGGUGCAGGUCCGUGCCCGAACUGUGGCCGGUUACGGCCGUUACAGCAGCCCAGCAGACUUCAGCACCAACCUGCAAACUGACCCUCCAAAGCCAUGGCAGGAGCAGUUGCCACUCAUUGUUGGAUCAGCCACCACCAUCUUGGUCUUCAUCAUCGCAGUUGUGGUCAUAGCUAUUGUCUGCCUCAGAAAGCAGAGAAACGGCUCAGAGUCUGAGUACACAGAGAAACUGCAGCAGUACAAAUCCCCUAUAGUAACGCCGGGAAUGAAGGUCUACAUUGACCCCUUCACCUACGAGGACCCCAAUGAGGCAGUGCGCGAGUUUGCCAAGGAGAUAGACGUGUCCUGCGUGAAGAUCGAGGAGGUCAUUGGCGCAGGUAACCCACCAAAGCUCCUGAGCUACAGGGGGAAGACUGCUAGUCACCUCCAGGCCAUACCGUUAGAGGACUUCACACCAAGCGGAGAGUUUGGGGAGGUGUGUCGUGGUCGCCUAAAGCUUCCCGGGCGCAGAGAGAUCAUCGUAGCCAUAAAGACUCUCAAGGUGGGCUACACUGAUCGCCAGAGGCGGGACUUCUUGUCUGAGGCUUCCAUCAUGGGUCAGUUUGACCACCCCAACAUCAUCCGCCUGGAAGGUGUGGUAACAAAGAGUCGGCCUGUCAUGAUUGUGACAGAGUUCAUGGAAAAUGGAGCACUGGACUCUUUCUUAAGGCUCAAUGACGGGCAGUUCACAGUGAUCCAGCUGGUUGGCAUGCUGCGCGGCAUCGCAGCAGGUAUGAAGUACCUGUCAGACAUGAACUACGUGCACCGAGACUUGGCAGCCCGAAACAUCUUAGUCAACAGUAAUCUGGUGUGCAAGGUGUCUGAUUUCGGCCUAUCUCGUUUCCUCGAGGAUGACCCCACAGACCCCACUUACACCAGCUCCCUGGGAGGAAAGAUCCCCAUCCGCUGGACAGCUCCCGAGGCGAUUGCCUACAGGAAGUUCACCUCAGCCAGCGAUGUGUGGAGCUAUGGUAUCGUCAUGUGGGAAGUGAUGUCGUACGGCGAACGGCCGUACUGGGACAUGAGCAAUCAAGAUGUGAUAAAUGCGGUGGAGCAGGACUACCGACUGCCCCCACCCAUGGACUGCCCCACGGCGCUGCACCAGCUCAUGUUGGACUGCUGGGUGAAGGAGAGGAAUCUGCGACCAAAAUUCACCCAGAUUGUGGCCACGCUGGAUAAGCUUAUUCGUAAUGCUGCCAGCCUUAAGGUGGUCACCAACAGCACACAGUCCACUGGGGUAUCCCAGCCCUUGCUUGACCGCUGUGUACCAGACUAUACCACUUUCACCACUGUGGGGGACUGGCUGGACGCCAUCAAGAUGAGCCGCUACCGUGACAACUUCGUCAACGCCGGAUUUGCUUCCUUUGACCUGGUGGCCCAGAUGACAGCAGAAGACUUGCUGCGGAUAGGGGUGACGUUGGCUGGCCAUCAGAAGAAGAUUCUUGGUAGCAUUCAGGACAUGAGACUACAGAUGAACCAAACACUUCCUGUCCAGGUGUGAGAGGCUGGACAAACACACCGACGCACUAGAAAUAUAAAGGACAACCAGACAGGAAAAAAGGGGGGAGGAACUGUGCCAGAGAGAGCCAUUGGAAAAACCCUAGCUGCCUGACCCAACUCUGCCAAUUAGAUGCUUUGAAACUGGCUUGCAGUGCCUCUGACUUUAAUUUUCGUUAUGUCACUACCACUUCCAUACCUGUUCCUGCUUUGUUUUUGUAAUUCAUCAUUGAUCUGUCACCAUCCAAUCAGAUUUUGUGUAUCUUUGAAAGGAAGAGGAGUUAGCCCCCCUGAUAUCCCAUCAUGCGUGCCACACCAGCUCUGGUGUAGGUUGCAUUUGCAUGCAUGUGUGUUUUUAGUGAGGUUGGCCUUAGCCCUGUAACUGAAGUGUCACCCUCUGAUCCUCAUGCACCUUCACCUCUCUACCCAGCUUUGAUGGACAAAGUGAGAAAUGGACACCCUGCUGUGAAAAAGUGGAGGUGUUUUGGACCCAGGGGACAUAGAGGACAGUCCUUUUCCUGAUUAUUUACCAUGCACAUGUGUGUCAUUCUCCAUCUUCAUAUUGAAGGUGUGUUAUCUAUAAUGGCACUUGCUGAUGAAGGGGGAGGAAGAAAAGACUGGCUGAGGUCUAAGGUCUGGAGGAUGACAGAGUUCAGAGGUGGGCAGCCAAAAUUUCUGGACGUUUAGGCUGCUGAGACCUCUUCAACCAUCUCUUGACCUGACGUGACUCAGGAUUGCUCCACAGCUUGGGAUCACCUUUUCAUCAACUGUGUUGUCACACAUAAAAAUGUUUUUUUUUUCUGUUUGUCCACACAGCAAUUUUUCCCUUCCUUUUUGGCUUUCUUACACUUUUUUUUUUUGGGGAGAUUUUGUGCUUUCAAAACGGCCGGUCAAACCUGAGAACCCCCCACUGGACACUUUCCUGUGAUGAAGUGGAGACAAGGACUGUGGCAACACUAGAGAAAGACCACUUGGCCUUUUUUUGUGUGUUUUUUUGUACGUGCGUGUGCGCAUGUGUGAGUGUAUCUGUGAUUCGGCGUGCUUGGAUGUGUGGGUGUGUCAAAGUUGCACACGAGUAUACUGUACAAUACGGCUUCCGCUGUUUGCCACCGUGGAGAAUUAACGCAUGAACUGAACCGUGUCAAGGAGCAAAUAUAUCUGAAACAAUUACGCUAUAUUCUGUGGACAACUGUUAAACCUUCUUUUUUACUGAAUCCAAAAAAUGAACUUAGGACGAACAUACAUAUAUAUAUAGAAUUAUAUAUAUAUGCAUCAUGCAGAAACAGAGAAACCCAGACGGACACCUUACUUUCUACUUACUAUUACCUGGAUUUAGAAAUAAUCAAAUUUCUUGUUUUAAUUUCUUGAUAUCCUGCCCUAUGUAUUUAUUUGUACCUCACCUUUAACCCCCUACCCAGCCCCCCCACAACCUACACCCAGAUGGACUGUCCCAUCUGGGAAUAUGGACUUGGAACAAUCAGAGGGAAGAGAGGAUUCACCCAAUGAAUUGAUGACUAUUAAACUAAAAGAAAUGGCAUAUAAAUUGGAUAUUGUAUUUUUGUUGUUGUUCUAAACAGCCUGUACAUGUUUUGUAACAAAAAUAUGAUAAAUAACAAAAGAAAAAAAUGGUGUUUUGACAAAAAAAUGGAAGUGCUGUUGUGAAAUGUUUGACUCAGAGUGAAAUUAACAGAAAGCAAAAUAGGAAGGGGGGAUUUUGAAAGAAGAGGAGAUUCACAUCACUUGUGUUAAAUUCUAAAUGUGUCGCCCUUUUGCUCCGUCCAUUGUUGUGAGUGUUUAAGAUUGUGUGCAUGUGACACCUUAAAUGGCUGUUAAGCUUCCAAAAUCCAUUCUCAUUCAACACACAGAGCAUUUGUAAGGCACUGAGCUGUUACAAAUAGUCUUCCAAGCACAUUGUUUUCAUCUUGAAAUGGUUGUUUCCCUGUAUUAUAAUUUUAUGUAAUAACCAUCUAAUGAUAGAACCUUCCCAACACAUCUUAUGGAGGACUGUUCAUGAAGCAGCCUAUCUGCCAAUCAUGAGAAAACCAUCUUUGCCUCCUUCAUCACACAAUCAAACCUGUCAGAAUAGAAACCUAUUGGUCUUUUUCUGUCAGGUUGAUUAAUGCAGCAGCCGAUCUGGCAUUGGGAGGAUAUGCGCAUGCAGCGAGCGCAGACAUACGGCAGUGCUGACCUAUCAUUAUCUCUCUUCAUUUCCUGUCUGGCCUGCAAUCAUCCUGUCUCAGCUUGGGCUGCUGCAUGAUUAGUACAGUGCAGGAUCAACAGCCUGGGCACACAGACAGACACAAAAUCUGCAGCCCCCCCCCUCAUCCUAAAUGAUAGCAGCUGCAUCUUGGAGACUAUGAUAUUUAGACUUCCCUAUGAGGUGGCGCAUUAAAAGAUGAUCUUCCAUGAAGUCCCCAUAUUGUUUGGGUUGGAGCUGAUCAAUGCAAUAUGUGAAUACUAUUAGUUAGAUGUGUAAUGAUAGCGUGAUGUUAGCAGCCAUGCAGUGUCUUCCCAUAUUACUUUUGUCAGCCUCUCUUAAGUCCCUUCAAAAGUCAUGGAGGAGAUUAUGCAAAACCACAAUGUGUUCCCCAUUUUAUCUUGUUUCAUCUUAUUCCACGUACACUCCUGCUUGUCCUCUGCAAAGGGUGUACUAACCUGGAACAGUUGCAGGACACCACUGAGUAAUUUUACCGUUGGAAACUCAAAGUAUUUCUUUAUUUUUCAUCAAAGUGUCAGUUUAGAUUUGAGCGAAUCUGUCAUAAUGCUGAAAGUGAUGAAAGUGCCUGUUAAAUGAGCAAAUGUUGCUUCAUAUUUUUCAGCAGAAUUAGUUUGUUUACCUCUAAAGAAAAACUGUAUUUUGAUUAGAAAACUCUGACUGCAAUUGGAGAUGGCAAAAAGAGCAGAAUUAAUGCAAUCAGAAGCUCGCUUUUACCCAAAGUCUCCCAGGAGUAUACAUUCACUUUUCCUGCACUCGGCUCAAUUAUUUAAUCAGUCGGUAAACUCCACUGUUGCAGAGUCGCACAUGACACCAAAAAAGACACAAUUGAUGAGCAUGAGAGUAAAGAAGGGGGGCAUAUGGGGAGCUAAACACAAUCAGAUGGCAGACAUUCCCACUCAUGAAAAAUGGCAGUGCUUUGGAGCUUGCAUGAACUAUUGAUGAGGUGCACAUGGCGCACUGGGGUCUGGAUUUGUGUUCACCAAAGUCAACCAGCCGUGAGUGAUGAGCUCGACUGGCACUGUUGCACAUUUUAAAACGAUUAAACUGCCACCACAUCAACUGCAAACCAUUUAUCUCCUUAGUGGAUUUUUCACACGUCCAUUGGUGUGUUUAAUUCUCAACAUUCACAGAGAGGACAGGAACACACUCUUUUUGUGUGUUUUUUUUCUUGCUCAUCUUUCUGCUGAAAUUAAGAUGGACUGUUAUGUUUGUGUGUGUGAGUGUAUGAAAUAAAAGGAUUGCCAUUUUAUACAGAAAUACUUUGAUUUGCAGAGUUCAGGCUUUGUCAAAUGUGGUUUUCUCUACGUGUGCCAACUAGAUUUAAACAAGCCCAACAUUCCUUUCUUCCCCUUUUUUACCAUCCUCUAAGAUCAUACAGACAAUACACCCCCUCCUCCCUAAAUACCCCUUUUACUUACACAACCUAACUUUUUUCAGUUAUCUGUUUUAAAUAAAUAUACUCAUUUCUGUUUUUUCUUCUUCUGUCUUCUAACAAGCUCACUCCACACAUCUUUUUUGUCACUUUUGCAAACCCCCUCUUCUUGCAAGGAAGUUUUAGAGAGUACUGUACAUGUAUAGUGAAGUGGGAGGGGGGUGGGAUAAAGUUGAAAAAUGCAAUUGUUAAUUCCUCUUUGAAAAGCAUUAAGAUGUAUUUAAUGGUGCAAACAUACACAACAAAUUACUAAAAAAAAUGAUGAUGCAUUCUUGUAGAAAUAUUUUUAAAAGACCCUUUUGCAAUUAAAUUAUUUAAGAAAUUUGAA